AUGGAAAUUCAAGUUAAUGGUGGCACAAUUGCUCAGAAAGUUGAUUGGGCACAAUCAAGCUUUGAGCAUAAAGUUCCUGAUGAUAUUAUUGAUGUUAUUUAUGUGACAAAGGAUUUGAAGGUAAUGUACCCUGUUCCAUGGGCUGGUCAAAGUGGUUAUCACCAUCGAACAGAAGCCAACAAAAAGAUCUAUCGUGAAGAUAAAAGUAAUGCAGCGACAGAAUAUGAUAUAAACAAAAAACAAAUUACUCCAUUAGGUGGUUUCCUCAUUAUGGUAUUUACUAUGCUUAAAGGAUUAUGUAUCGGUGUUAAAAAAAGUGUUCUCACAUUAAGAAAAACAUUACUCACUCAUACAAAACACUCGGCUUUGGAAAUUAUUUCAUUAAAGUUUAUCGAUACAAGCUCAAAAUUUGGUCAUGUUCAUUUCCAAACUGCAGAAGAAAAAACAUGCAUUCCUUGGUACACUCAAGAAAGAUGA